UGAUCAGCAUGUAGUGCAGGAAGCUAAGAUCUUCCCAGAGAAUCUUCAUUGCAUGCAUAAAAUUUUCCACUGCUGAUUCCAGACUCUUUCAGGAAGGUUUGCUGAAAUAAGUGGGAAUUGGAAAGCCUAAACAAAGACUCAAAUAGGGGCGUUUCCAGGCUGGAAGAAUGGAGAUGCUUCAGGGGUUUUAGAAGUGGCCAUUUUACCAUAAUGGGAACCAGUAUUUCCAAAAGAACCACUCCUUUUAUUCAGAGGAACAAUAUGAAGGACAGCUGUACAAGAAAAGGGCAGAAGGCCUUUAAGCAAAAACCCAAUUUGUGUGAACUGUCAGUGGACACAGAAAACAGUUGCCAAAUUAAUAUCCAAGAAAGGAGUGACGAGGCUGGGGAUAUAUUUUACAGGUUUGUAAUUCUUCAUGCUGACGACGAUGUUGAGGAAGCCGUUAGAGUCCAGGACUUACUGCAAAAUGAAUUUUGUAUUAAACCAGGGAUAAUCUUUGCGGAAAUGCCUAGUGGUAGGCAUUUGCUAGAAAAUUUAAAUGAUGCUGUGAAUGGCUCUGCGUGGACAAUUAUCUUGCUGACCGAAAACUUCUUGAGUGAGCUUUGGUGCCAAUUCCAAUCGUACACAUCCCUGUUUGGCGCACUGACUAUACCACACAAAUGCAAUACAGUCAUACCAAUGAGGCUGAGGAAUAACCCACUCCCAAGGGAGAAGAUUCCUUUCAUCCUCCAGUCCAUUAAUGCACUGCAGGAAGAUAGUCCUGGAUUUGCUGAACAAGUAAAGAAAACUUUCCAGGAGUCUACAUACAGGCAACAGCAAGCGAUGUGGAGGUACAGCAAAAAGGGAGAGGCACAAAAUCGCCUUGAUUGGUGAAUUGUAUAAAUUGAGUUGCAGUGAAGUCGAAGGUGCUUUAUUGGAGCAAAAGUUUAUUUAUUUAUUACAUUUUUAUACCGCCCAAUAGCCGAAGCUCUCUGGGCCAUUCACAAAAAUUAAAACCAUAAUAAAACAACCAACAUGUUAAAAGCACAAAUACAAAAUACUUCUGUGA